AUGAAUGAAACCAUUAUUCAACUCAUUGAAGAGAAUGGAAUUGAACCUUACAAAUUGAGAGUACCCAUCACACAAGAUGAAUUACCAUUGAUGGUUGAAAAUACUCUUUCCAUGAGUACUAUGGAGGGUGUUGGUGGUGCUGGUGCUGGUGCUCAUACUGUUACUACUACAACAACAACAACAACUACUACUGCGACGACGACUACGGCUAUGACUCGAAGGUACUACUCCAACAACAACAACAACAAUACGUAUCCAUUUAUUGCAAAAUCACCUUUGGAUUUCAUUCAGUAUGAUACCAAAAUGUAUGAUGCCUCUACACGUUUGAGUCCAUCGAGUAGUGGUGGUGGUGGUGGUAGGAAUGAGGAGCCAUUAUCAUGUAGUGGUGGUGCAAGUGCUGCUAGUGUUAAUACCUUGAUUCCCUCAUUGUGUGUGAAUAAGGACAACAACCCUAUUCAAAUCACAACAACAACAUCUUUUGAAUCAUUGACUUGUAACCAUUGUGGUACGUCAAUGCAUGAAAGAUUCACCUCAAGUAGCAGCCAUACCAACAAUGUCCAAUAUACUUUCAAUCCAACACUUGAAGAAUACAAUACCAAAUUCAACAAAGGAAGCUUUCAUGUAUCAAAGAAGGAUAUAUUUGCUCGACAACUUACAAGUAGUAUUCAAAGAUGUUCACCUCAAAUAGCCUCUUCCAUUGUUCUCAAUUAUUCAACACCCUCUUCACUUUAUAAUGCUUUUAAAAGACAUGGAGAAGAUGCACUUCAAUAUAUUCCCAUUUCGACAGAUAAUGCCACUCAAGUUCCAACAAGAAAGGUUGGCAAAGCACUUUCCAAGAAUAUCUAUGCAACUUUUAUGAAAUAA